UAUGCCAAUUGUCGAUGAAUUCAGUCUAAGAAGCUCAUAAAAUGAGACAUUUUCUCAAAUUCUUCAUAUUAAGUGCUCUUUGUUCAAUUUCCUUAGCGGUUGAAUGUGAGAAAAUACCAAAAAAUGAAGAGUUGCGUUUAAAAAAGGAUAUGCUGUGCAAUUAUGAUAAAAGUGUCCGACCUUUAGGUGGUUCGAAGAAUGCAACGCUCAUCAAAGUGAAAAUGGUUUUAAAAUCCUAUGAUUAUCUGGAUUACUCCAACAAGAUUAAUGUGCUCGUGUGGAUGGUGAUGUCGUGGACGGAUGAUCAUUUCAAAUGGGAUCCCCGGGAAUAUGGAAAUUUGAAAACUUUCUAUGAGAUGAGUGAUCAAAUCUGGAUGCCAGAUUUAUCCUUGUACAAUGGCGAAAUGAGAGAGAGUAGCUGCGAGACGACAAAUUGUGUCAUCCACUCCAAUGGCCUAGUCAUUUGUAUCCCUCCGUGCCAGUAUACGGGUCACUGUGCUGGCUCCUUUGUACGUUGGCCAUUUGAUCGGCAAAAUUGUACCCUCACAUUCGGUGCAUGGAUAAAUACAGGUGAAGAAAUUAAUUUCUUCGGUGCAAAAACAUCCGUUGAUACGGGAGAUAGUUUACUAAAUCACGACUGGAAGCUCCUUUCCAUUUCGAUGAAGAAGCACUCAGGAAACUUUUCGUGCUGCCCCAAUCAAACCUUCCCAUCGCUAAGGUAUAAUUUUAUUCUCGAAAGACAUUCCUCGAUCUUCACAGUCUACCUUUUCAUACCGACUAUGGUUUUGGUUCUAUUAAAUAUAAUAUCUCUCCUGGUGCCUCCACAUGGUACUGAACGAUGGAUUCUAAUUGCUGUGAGCUUCGUUGGGCACAUCCUAUUCACUCAACAAUUAUCUUGGGUAGUUCCAAGAAAUGGUGAAACCAUACCAAGUGUUAUUGUCUUCUACAGAGAUUCCACCACAAUUAUUGGAAUCUUACUCCUGAAUACGUUUAUUGUACGUAUUUUGAUGACACUCCAAUGCGAAGUGCCAGGAUGGUUGUCUUCCCCAAUGGACGUACUGAGAGAUUCAAGAGCAGGCAAAUUCAUCGUGAAUGCAAAUAGUGGAAAAAUGGAAAAAAUCGAGGAAGUAGCCGAGGAUGAUACCACAAUCCUCGUAGAACCCAAAGUUGAAAGUCCAAAAAAUACCGCAAAAUGGCAUUUUCUUGCUGUAGUUGUGGAUCGUCUUGUGCUGAUUGUCGUAACACUUAUUUACUUUUUCCUCGUCAUUCUUCUAAUACCCGAAAGUUAUGCAUCAUCCGCUGAUUUAUCAACAUUCGAUAUUGCAUCGAUAAGUUCGCAGCAAUAAUUUUACAUUAAUACCAAUUUUUUUGUCAUUUAUCCAUAAAUUGUAAUUAUCAUCAAUGAAAAAGAAAAUGAUCUUAUCCAACUUAUAAGCAAUAUCCUGGACCAUUUGGUGGCUGUGCUGGGAUAUUUCGCUUUCGUAGCCGACAUGCAUGCUCUUCGAGUCUCUCCUUCACUUGGAAGCCCGACGAUUGACUCCACAGUCUUUCGGCUGCUGCUGAUGCACGCGGGAAGAUUCUGGAAUGGAUUAUUCAUAUUUUAGACGUCUCUUCAAAAUUAAAGUGUCUUCAGCAAAUGAAUAAAAUUUUAAGAUUAACACAAAAA